AUGUUAUCAUCAAAAGUUACGGUAGGCGAUGUACAUUUAUUGAGUGCAAUGCCUGAAGAAGACGAACAUUUAUUUGAUUUAAAUGCAACAUUUAAAGUCGACGACAUUCAAAAAGAAUCAGAAAAUAAUAUUCCAUAUUUAAAAGUUAAAAUGAGUAUUGUUGAAGACAAAGGUGAAGAAUGUAUGAUUAAACAUAUUAAAUUACGACAAUUAUAUGAUGGUACAGGAUUUGCACAGGCAUUUUAUGCUGUACCAGAUGUUAAUGUAUUUGAUACCAUUAUUAAACUAAAUAAUAUCUGUAAUCGUUUUCAACUAUUUGAUUAUUUUAUGUUACAUAAACCACUCUAUGUUGAACCCAAUGAUGAACCAAUGAAUUUUUACUGUAUUGGUGCAAGAUUGUGUCUUCAAGUUAAUCAAGUUAGUAGUGAAAAUCUAACUGAACCUGAUAAAGAGACGUACGAGAAAGUGUUGUCACAUUUUAAAUUGUCCUAUGACAUGUUAUUAAAUAAUAAUCGUAUAAAUGAUUCUUUAUGGCCAUUACGCGGUCUUGGUUAUAUUCAUUAUAAGUUAGGUAAAUAUUUACAAUCUUACGAUUAUUAUAAAAAUGCAUUAUCGAUUAUGGAAGAUGAUGAUUUUAAUUCGGCUGUGUGUAACAGUUGCAUUGGUUUAAUUUACGAAAAAAUGAAACAAUCCGAUGAAGCGUUAAAAUAUUAUAAAACUGUAUUAGAAAUGGAAGAUCGAACACUGCCAGUAUUGAUUGCAGUUUGA